AGUACAGAGUAGAGUAAAAAGAAGUAAAAGUAUAAGAAGCAGUAAGCGCGUGAGUAUGUAUUGAGUCUGUCUAGAGGGUCUAGAGUAAGAGUAAGAGUAAGAGUGUAAUAUAAGCUGAGAGUUGAGAGUUGAGAGUGAGUUGAAAGUUAACAGUUUUGAGUGAGGAACAAAGAGGAGACACAAGGGAGUCUAGGGAGCAGAGGGUAGAGGGCGACAGGGAGAUUCGGUGAGUGAUUGUCGGAGUAGGGGGGUGACCACGUGACCCACUCGGUAACCAAUGGACGUCAGCACCCCAGGAGGCUUCGCGUUCUGGCGAACCAACAUUCGUGUCGCAGCUGUCUCAGAUCUUGAAUCGUCAUUCGCACGUGGAUAUUUCUCCGUGACGGGUGUGUGCGCGCGCGCCCUUUAAAUAGUACGCCGCAUGUUAUCGCAAUAAUAUUAAUAUAUAUUUUUUAUACUCACAAUAAAUUUAUCAAUAAAUAAUUACACUUAAUUAUUUUGUGAGCAAGUUUCAAAUUGUGUGCGAGUAAAUUACUUGUGAUUUACGGUGUUGUUGCGGUUUAUUAUUUUUUGUGCGGAUUUGUGUCCUUGGGAAUUUUUGUUUUAAUAAAAUAAUUUGCUAUAGAGUCUUUGCUCAGAUGGCAUCUGUGAUACUUUGAGCUCAAGUAGGCUAGUCUUAAAAACAGCGAUAAUAAUAUUAUUAAAAAAUAUUAGCAGAGGAAGAGAAUUAGGAUAUUUAAAAAUAAAAAAACAAAAGUAAUUGCCCGUGAAAAUGUUGAUGCCAGGUGCAACAGGAUUGAGUGCGGUUGCCGCAGGAGCAACUGGUCAAGAUGAACUGGUAACAAGUCUAGGUGCAUUGGCAGGCGUAACGCCCCAGCAAAAAGACACGACCUGGACAAAAUUAUUCGUCGGCGGGCUGCCGUAUCACACUACCGACAAAAGUCUCAGAGAGCACUUCAAUGUGUACGGAGACAUUGAGGAAGCUGUUGUCAUCACGGACAGACAGACUGGCAAAAGUAGGGGAUAUGGAUUCGUGAUUAUGGGCGACCGACCAGCGGCUGAAAGAGCUUGUAAGGAUCCAAACCCUAUAAUUGAUGGCCGGAAAGCUAAUGUUAAUUUAGCAAUACUGGGAGCGAAACCACGUGGCAAUCUUCAAACCACAUUUCCUUUUGCUGCUGGCAUAAGAACUGGAUACCCUGCAGUACUGCCUAGUCAAUAUGGAGUACCACCAGGCUACAUGUACCAGUCGCCUUAUCUGACAGCAGCAACACCCGGAGGUCUUAUGCAAUUACCGACGACGCAAUUGAGCCACGCGGCAGCUGUUGCCGCGGCAUCACAAUUCUACGAGUAUCAGAAUGCCGCGGCGGCUGCAGCCGCUGCUGCAGCGGCCGCUACCUAUCCCGGUACGUCGUCUUACAACUUCGCUGAAGCCGCUGCUUAUCCAUACACCAGUGCUGCCGCGGCCGCGAACGCAGCAGCCGCAAGCUACGUAACUCCCUAUACAUACGCGACAUUACCAGGUGCAGCGGCAUUGCAAGGAGCAACAACGACGGGUGCAGCGUUUCCGGGAUUGCCUUAUCAGACGACGCCCCAAGAAGCACGACUCCAAUAGACAACAGUAGACUACUCUACUGCUACGACUACUUAUAAAAUAUGAAUUUGCGGCAUAAGCCUAACUUAAAAUAUUAUACAUUAAAUUACAUUUAAACUUUUCUGACGAAAUAAUAACCGUCUGCGUAAAUCUAUUAUUAGAGUAUAAAGUAUAGAUGUUAUAGAGCAACGAUAUUUAAGUGAGAAAGCGAUAUUUAAGUAAAAUAACGCGAGUGAGAAAGAGCGCGAAUGUAUUUAAAAAUAUUUGUUUAAAAGAAAAAAAAAUA